UUCUCUACAAGUUCAAAAGUACAAAGCUCUUUAGGAGGCUCGCUCUUUCUAAAUAUUUUUUCAGAGGUUAAAAAUUAAAUUUCAAAAGAAAAUCUUGGGUGGAGAAGCGUCCACAGUAGAGACGCAGACCCUGAAUGUCUCCAACAUGAAGUUUGCUCAUGUUAUUCUGUUCCUUUUGUGCUUCUACUUAAGUUUUUGCCAGGUGGAAAAAGGUGGAAGACAAAAAAAAUGGAUACGGGUCAAGAAACCAGAGGUCACUUUGCCAUCAGACAUGCCUCAAAAUGACCUGGUGGACAAAAAGUGCUUAACUGAAAAAUACACACACCUCUCCUGCCGUAAAGUCUUCUGCCAACCAUGGCAGAAAUGCAUCGACGGGACUUGCAUUUGUAAACUCCCUUAUCAGUGCCCAAGGAAUGGUACCACAGUGUGUUCAACUAAUGGGAAAAGCUACUUGACUUACUGUCAGCAAAAGAGUUUUGAAUGUAUUCGUCCAGAGGCAAAGUUUUUAAAUAAUGGAACAUGUAUAGCUGGAGGACAAUUUAAUGUUUCCUUGAAAUAUGGAAAUAAAGAUUCAGAGGGAAUUGUUGAAGUAAAACUUGUAGACCAAGAUAAGAAGAUGUCUAUAUGUAAUAGCAGCUGGCGCAUAACCCAGGCCAAUGUGGCCUGCCUUGACCUUGGAUUUCCACAAGGUGCUGUUGGUGCUCAAGGAAGUCUUCGUUUACCUGAAGAUGGCCAUAUAAAUUCCACUGAUCUCCAUACAUAUUCCACUGAAUGUCUGCAUGUGCGGUGUCGAGGCUCAGAGACCACUUUGGCUGAAUGUACUUUUACUAAAAGAAUACAUGAACAUUACCAGAGUUUAGCUAGUGUGGCGUGUUACACACAGGAUGCAGCUUAUGAUACAAUCUCUUAUUUUCUUGAAGAAAGAAAACGGAUAAAGUCAUUUAUCCCUAAACUAUCCUGUGGAGUUAAAAAUAGCUCUGUCAAAGCUCGAAGGAAACGAGUCGUAGGAGGAAUGCUGGCACAAGAGGGAGACUUCCCAUGGCAAGUGGCAAUUAGGCAUGACGGGAAAAUCACCUGUGGAGGAAUUUAUAUUGGUGGCUGUUGGAUCCUGACUGCUGCACAUUGUGUCAGAGUCAGUAAAUCUCACCGUUACGAAAUAUGGACAUCAUUACUAGACUGGGUAAAGCUUAACACUGGGAUAAUAGUUAAUAAGGUCAAUAGAGUUAUUAUCCACGAAAACUACAAUGGAGGCACCUACCAAAAUGACAUAGCUUUGAUUGAAAUGAAAAAGCGCGCAAACCAAAAAGAAUGUGUGCUGCAUAAUUCCGUCCCUGCCUGUGUCCCCUGGUCUCCACAUUUAUUCCGACCUAAUGACAAAUGCAUCAUUUCUGGCUGGGGGCGAGAAAAAGAUAACCAAAAAGUCUAUUCACUUAUGUGGGGUGAAGUUUACCUAAAAAGCAACUGCUCCCAGUUUUACCCAGGUCGCUACUUUGAAAAAGAAAUGGAAUGUGCAGGUACAGAUGACGGUUCCAUUGAUGCCUGUAAAGGGGACUCUGGAGGCCCCUUAGUCUGUAAGAAUGACAACAAUGUGACUUAUGUUUGGGGUGUAGUAAGUUGGGGUGAAAACUGUGGACAACCAGAGUUCCCAGGCGUUUACACCAAAGUGGCCAAUUAUUUUGACUGGAUUAGCCAUCAUGUGGGAAGGUCUCUUAUUUCUCAGUACAAUGUAUAAAACUGUGAUCUCUCUCUUCUUUCUACUCUUUUUCUCUCAAGAGUUCCAUUUUAAUUGAAAUGAUACUGCCUAAUUAGUACUUCUCUAGGAAAAAAAUAAAGCAAAUUUUAUUGGAUAUUUUUAAAGGUCUCUACAAGCUUUAUGCCAUACUGGAAUUUUGCUGUUUAAUUCUCGAAUAAAUAUUUUAGCCAAGCA